AUGGAAUUUGGAAAUGAUAUUAAAACAACAUCCGUAAACAAGAAAAUAAAUGAAUUUGAUAAUUCAAAUAAUAAAUUCCCGAAUUUUAUGGCACUUGAUGAAUCGGAAAAAUUAAUUUUUUUCCAAGCGUUAAAUUCGGCUAAAGAAAAUGUUAAAAAAGCUGGAAUACCCAUCAGACAACAAUUUGGAACCGUACACGAUGAAUUUUUCCAAUGUUACAAAAAGGAGGAUACUUCUUCAACGGGAAAAGAAAAAAAAAUUUCUGGUUCUUCUUCGUCAAGUUUAACAACCGAUGCCACAUAUACUCUUAGUUUGCCAUCAGUUGUAGAAAUGAAAAAUAGUGGAUCUCGUUUAAAUCUACCAAAAACCGAAUCCCCAUCCGAAGACAUGUUUCUUUUAAAUGAUUCAUCCGAUUAUAUGUCUAUAGCAACCAUUUCGGAAGAUGAUUUCGAUAGUAAAAAAAGUCAAAAUGAUAAAAUGUCGGAUACGUCGAAUAAUAAUAAUAAUAAUUACGAAAAUCCCGAUCGAUCCCUUGUAGAAAGAAAAAUAAAUUCGUUUUCGAAAAUAAUCGAAACACAAACGUGGUUGGAAUACGAGAGUAAAAUAUUAAAAGAUGCCGAUAACAUUGUCGAUUUAUAUUCGAAAAAGAAAAAAUAUUUACACGAUAUCGAUAAAAUGAAAAAACAUCGUAAAGAAAAUAAAAACAUGGCGGAUAAUAUUAAUAAUAACGUUAAAGAAAAAUGGAAGGAAAAAAAAAAAUUCUCGGAUACGUAUAUUAAAUAUAAAAAACCGGAAAAAUUAAAAAAUAAUAGUAAUAAUAAUAAUAAUAAUAAUAAUAAUAAUAAUAAUCCGAAAUUCGAAGCGCUCACGAGUAAAGAAAAAGAAAUUUUUUUUAAAAUCCUUCACGAUGCACAUCGUAACGUUGUUGAAAAAAAUCCGGAAAGGAAAAAGGAAAUUGUACCUUUGGAUUGGAUAAUGAAUCGAUAUUUGGUCACUAAUUCGGCAGAAAUAACUAAAAUGGAUGAAACAUAUCCGACAAAUAAACAUACGGAAAAAUUAAAUACCGGAAAUGUAAAUAUUAACGUCACCAUUAAAUCCGCCGAUAAUGAAAGAAUUAAUUUUGAAGCUUUCGAAAGAGAAAAAAAAAUAAUACGAAAGGUUAAAUCUCAAGGGAAAACGGAUAUGGAAGUUGAAAAGAAAGAAUCCAUUGAAAGCAUCAUACCUAUUUCCGAUGAAAAUUUAUCGAAAGAUAUUGAUAAAGAAUUACCCGUACAACCCGUUAAAACACCUUCGAAAGACGAAACGAAUGAAAAUGAAGAAGAAGAAGAAAAUAAAGUAGAUUUGUUGAAACCGGAAGAUGAUGAUAAAAAUGAUAAAAUUAUGAAACCGACGAUUGUAACGGUCGAAAAGGAAAUGGAAACGACGACAAAUAAUCAAACGGCGACAAGUGAUCAAACGGCGACAAAAAUUCCAAAGAAGAAACAAAAACGCAAGACGACAAAUCAAGAUGAUAUCGAUCUUAACAUUGAAUUCAAUGAAAAAGAUAAAAAUAAUGUUCCGAAAAAAUCUAAACGUAAAAUUUCGGAACCCGAUGAUAAGAAAAAGAAAAAGAAAAAGAAAAAGAAAAAUGCCUCAAAUGAAAAAUACACUUUUAAUAAAUGCGAACGUAAAAUAAGCAACAGUUCGAGAACGGAACCAAGAACUUUCGAUGACUACGUUAGACAAAGAAGUUUAUUAGGACAAAUAAAUGAAAAAAAAGUAAAAGAAAGUGAUAGCGGUGUUAAAGUAGAAAAAAAAGAAAGUUUUCUAUAUAUGAAAUCGAAUAAAAAUAAAGAUAUGAAAAAUUCAAACCGUGAAAAAAACAGCGAUGGGCAGCCAUUAUUGUCGAAAGUCGAAACGUCACACCGAGUUAGCCUUAGUGACACGAACUUACACGCGAAACCGCAAACGGGUUCGAAAACCGUUGUAUUCAAAUCCGCCAAUAAUUUAAACACGACGAAAACGGAUGAUUCUAAAUUAAAUGAUAAUUUAUUGGGGAAAAAACAUGUCGAAUCGGAUAUUAAACCGGAACAUGCGAAAAAAGCGACGAAUUUAAUUAAAUCAAUUGAAAAUGUGUUGAAAAAAGAGGGUAAAAAUUCCGAUCACGAUAAUGAAAUGAAAAAGGAAAAAACAUCCAAAUUAAAUUUUCACGCUAUAAAGAAAAAAAUAUCUAGUCACAUAUCAAUAUCGAAAAAGCAAAAAAUAAAAAAAAAUUCAUCCGGUCACGUUUCAAUAACGGAAAAGAAAAAAGUUAUUAAAAUUAAUUCGAAAGAUAUGAACGAUUUUAAUAAAAAUGGCGGCGAAAGAGUGGAACCAGAUAAUCUUUCGAAAAUAUUAAGUUCUUUACAAAAAGUACAAAAGGAAAAACCUAAAGAAACUGUUAUUCAUAUACAUUCAGUGAAUACAUUUCCAAAAUUAAAAGGAACAAGAAGAACAAGGAGUUAUGAUAAAAGUAUAAGAGAUGAUGAUUCUGAUGACAAUUUAGAUGAUUCAUCAAAAACAAAUGCAAGAAAAACAAAAUCAGCAUCUUCACUUAAUUUAAGCGAACAAGAUCAAUCUGUUACUCUUGAACAUGACAAUACUUAUACACCGGGAAAUCGACCUGAAUCAUAUAAAACGGAUUUAAGUGUUAAAUCAUCUACAACGGAAUCCGUUGACGAAGAAGAAAAUCUUGUUCAUCAAGAGAGUUAUAAUAAAUUAUUUGUUCCAAUGUUUAUAAAAAAAAGAAAAUUACCACCGACGAAAGUAAGAUUAUUACAAGAUUUAUUAAAAGAAAGAGCGGGAUUUGUCGAAGGAAGCAUUUUAAAUUAUAAAAUUGUUAAAUUACCAGAAUCGAGAGAAACAAUGGAACCAUUAACGGCUCGAUUUCAUUUGGAAGAAACCGAAGAUACAAAUGUCGAUAAGGGGAAAAAAUUUAAAUUUAUUAAAAUUCUAGCUAAAAUUUGUAGGUGUGGUAAAAAAGAAACGGGAGAUGAUAAUAACUUUUUAGAUAAUCUCAAAGGGGAAGCUGUGACGGUUGAUUUAUUAGGUGGUUCUAAAGUUCCCGCUUCUGUAACGUUAAACGAUUCAACAAUGGAAUUGGCGUCUAACUUUUAG